UCUUGUACCAGCAAAAGCUCCAGAACUCUCACCCGCUUGCCUGCCUGUGCCUGUCUUUGCCCAGGGAACAGCCAUGAGAAGGCAACUUCGGUCGAGAAGGGCUCCGGCCUUUCCUUAUGGUUAUCGCCACAGACUUGAUGAUCAGGAUGAAGUGAACCAGAACUACUUAGCAGAUGAAGAGGAGGAAGCAGAAGAAGAAGCUCAGGUGAUGGUGGUGCCCAAUUUGGUGGAGGAAGACGAGGAGGAGAAAGAAGAGGAGAAAGAGGAGAAAAAAGAGGAAGAAGAGAGUCAGGAUCAGCCAGCAGGGAAUGCUUGGUGGUGGAAACUGAAGAUCAUGAGCGAAUACCUUUGGGAUCCGGAGAGAAGGAUGUUUCUGGCCCGAACAGGCCUGAUCUUAGUCAUUUACUUCUUCUUCUACGCCUCUCUGGCUGCUGUGAUCACCCUCUGCAUGUACACACUAUUUCUGACCAUCAGUCCUUACAUGCCAACCUUCACAGAGCGGAUGAAGCCUCCUGGAGUUAUGAUCAGACCCUUCGCCCAUAGCCUUAACUUCAACUUCAACGUUUCUGAACCUGACACUUGGCAGCAUUAUGUGAUUAGUCUAAAUGGCUUUCUCCAGGGUUAUAAUGACAGUCUUCAAGAGGAAAUGAAUGUAGAUUGUCCCCCAGGGCAGUACUUCAUCCAAGAUGGCGAUGAGGAUGAGGACAAGAAGGCCUGCCAAUUUAAGCGCUCCUUCCUGAAGAACUGCUCUGGUCUGGAGGACCCUACAUUUGGAUACUCUACUGGACAGCCCUGCAUCCUUCUAAAGAUGAACCGGAUUGUAGGCUUUCGUCCUGAGCUUGGAGAUCCUGUGAAGGUUUCCUGCAAAGUUCAGAGAGGUGAUGAAAACGACAUCCGAUCCAUCAAUUACUACCCAGAGUCGGCUUCUUUUGACCUCCGCUACUACCCUUACUACGGCAAACUGACUCACGUUAACUACACCUCUCCCCUGGUGGCAAUGCACUUUACAGACGUGGUGAAGAACCAAGCAGUGCCUGUGCAGUGCCAACUGAAGGGCAGAGGCAACAUAAAUGAUGUCAUCAAUGAUCGUUUCAUGGGGAGGGUAAUCUUUACCCUGAACAUAGAAACCUAA